AGAGAUAGAUACCGGAGCUUGUAGAACCAAAAAUCGAAGACUUGUAACAAACCAUAGAAUUCCGUCAAGCCAUUUUUGUUGCUUGACGAGGGAUACUAACGAGGGAAACUGCCGCAGCGAGAAAUUCUUGAAGAUGACAUCGGAACUUUCAUCAUUGUUCGUCGAGAACAUCACCAGCAACUCCUGCUGCUAUUACAACGAAGACAAAGAUGCUACCGGAAGGAAACGAAGGAGGCCGCAGCCAAACGACCCUGUGCACGAUUUGCCGAAACAUGGUGAUUCUGCGACGCGAGACAAACCACGAACGAUAGAAAGGCAUCGCCGCAGUGCUCUUCGAGAACACUUGGUUCCCGUCGUGCUGUGGGUUGCCUUGCUCUUCGCGUGUUAUCAAAAAGAUCAGCACAAGUAUCAGAUACCCCAGGCCGAUGCGAUGAAAUCACCGGGAAUCACGAAGCGAAAAACACAUUUGCGGCAAAAGCGUGUUCUGAACCUCGCAACCACGAACCUUAUAAAGAUCGAUUACCUUGAUCUGCCCGAAACUUUGUGGAUAAGAGAAGAUUCCGAGGAUCAAUUCCUUCAGGGCAAUGAAGUACGUGUUUCUCCCUUUGAUGAAAGCAUCCUGUAUGCGACCAGCAAGGCGGGAGACUUGCGAGUACUGUCGGCUUCCAACGGAAUGCCACUCGAUCGAGUGAGACCCGCUCCUCGGACAAUAACAGAAGGAGGAACUACAUCAACCUGGUCUCUCUAUUCCAAUUCUGGAAUGGCAUUUGGAACCUUUCGCGAUGCGGAAGACAUUUCUACCGAAACCCACACGAAUGGCGAUGACGACAAUGGCUACAACGACUACCUCCAGUUUCUGCUCAACAAUGGAAUUGAACAUGAUGGGAAGAAGGAGGAACUGGACUUUUUGGUAUACUCCGUAGUCGAUGACGCUCCGAGUGAUUCCCGAUUCUUGCCCAAAACGAGGGUGGUGUGUGUAUCUAUUCCGGAGCACAAGAUAUUAUGGAUGUCGGCGGGAUUGCCUGGUACACCCAAUGGAUCGCCAUUGGUCUAUUAUGCGGACGACGUGGGAUCGGCGGCCCUAUCUUCCUUGUCUUCACGUGAAGCCAACGAGGAGGAGGUUGACAAUGGUAUGUACAUCGUGUUGACUCACAACAGUGUGUUGAUUCGGCCCGACAACACAACUCGGACCACUGGGCAUCUGACCGUCUUGGAUUCGGUGACUGGACACGUUAAGUGGACGCAAUCGGAAUGGAGCCGCGACGAGGUCCCAAAGGGAUACGGUCCCCCGCAAGUCGCCCACAACCCUGUUCGAGGAGGAGAGUACUCCGGAGGAUCCCGGGACAACAAAAACGAUGUUGUCGUUUGGACCAGCAGCGAUGAUGAAGGACGGGGACGACUCGGUAACAUUUAUAGCUUCCAGAUGAAAUCCUCGUCCGAUGCGGAAGCGGAAUUGAAGAACAAGAAUUCAAACAACGAGGAGGAUGUCACAAGCUAUACAUACACUCCAUUCCAAGUCUUUGUGUUGAGAAAGGUUCGAUGGAAUUCGAUCGCUCGCCCCACGAUGAACCAAGCCGGAACGAACCUUUACGUCGGGGUGACAGGAAAUGCGGUUCGGGGAUGGAAUGGUGUUGGGAAAUUCAACGGAACCGCUGAUUGGGCGACUCGAUUGGUUCCCUUCAACUCUGGGACCAAUGCUUCGUCUCUACCUUAUUCCGAAGACGUUGUGAUCCCCACGGCCCCUGUCUUGUCCGCGGACGAAGAACGUCUCUUCGUUGUGUCGGCUCGUAACGAAACAAUUUGUUUGGACGCCAAGGACGGAUCCAGAAUGUGGUCGGUCACGACAAGGGAAUCUUCGCCCCUGUUGGGAGAACCAAAGGCCUCUCCCGACAACAAACGCCUGUACAUGAUUAUGUCUGGAAACGGGAGAGUGAACGGAAUCGACCAGACGGAUGGAAAAAUACUGUGGAGUUUUGGCUGUGACAAGAAGACUCUUGCUGCGGGUGAAUGCCAAGAUCCUCCCGUCUCGGCCAAUUUUGAUCUAUCGAGCGAUGGUCAUGUCUUGUAUUUUGGAACCGCAGAUGGUCGGAUCGUGGCAUUGAAUCUUGGUCAACGAAUCGACACGAAGGACAAUGAUUUGCCUAUAUCAACGGGUUCCUCAACAAUUACCAUCGGCCUAGACGACGACGACGGACCGCUGGAAUUCGAUGAAAACAGCAUCGGCACCUUUGACGACGAAUUGGCUAAGAACGAAGGCAAAGGAACAUCGGUAGGAAAGAUCUUGGGUUCGAUUUUUGCAAUCCUGCUGUCUCUGGCGGUAGCAGCGGUAUCUCUUAUGUAUGUCGCAAAGGCCAAGGGUUACAGUUCGAUCAACUGGACCAAUUACCGCUUUCCUCGCAGUUUUGGUGGAGAGAAGCGGCAUUCCUCCGUAAGUCGUGUGCGAGUCCGAGUCCAAAGUCAAGAACUCGAUGGGCCCGACAAGUACGAAGACCGAAUAAUUGCAACGCUUUCGGAAGAUGAAAAAUCUAUCGAGGACGAACAAUUCAAUACAUUAUGGAUAGAUCCAACCCAUUCGAACCCAAAACCGACUCGCACCAACGAAGACGAUAUACCGACUGCGGAUAGACUAGCGGUUAUGCUCGGGACCUCCAAUAAGAUUGCACCAAUCAGCGAGAGUUUCGGGUAUGGCCAGGCAGUACUGCUUUGAAGAUAUUGGGGGUUGCCUUUCAAACUAACAAAACGAGUACCAACAUUUUCCAACUGAUUUGUUGUCAGUCCUGACCAAGAAUAUCACCAAUGGCACCGACCUUUUUGUAAGAAAUAUUGAUGUAUUUUAAAAUAAUAUAAUUCCAUUCCG